UCGUUUAAUUGAAUGGUUUUCUAACUCAGAAAGACAGAAACAAAAAUCGGAAGAGAGAGAGCAAAAUCGCCGUCGUGUAAGAUGAGGAGAACCCACCGAUGCGUCCAAUCCGAGAGCAGCGAGAGCGGAUCCGAAUCCGAUUCGGACACGUCGAUGCGCUGCAUAUCGUGCCGGGAAGAGUACCUCCCUCGCGACGCAGGCACCUGCAAGGAAUGCUACGUAGAGGCGGGCGAGACUGAGGAAGAGCUCAAACGCGAGAUCGAGGACCUUAAAGCCAAAGUUACUUUCCUCCGCUUAUCAUCCUCUCUCGACCACGGUAACAGCUCCUCUUCGAGGUCCUUCACUGAUGUUGUUCUCAUCGCCUCCGAAGACUCCGCCACUUCACCUCCUGUUCCCGCUCAUAAAGCCGUUCUCGUGAGUCGUUCCCCAGUCUUCAGAGCAAUGCUUGAGAACGAGAUGGAAGAGAGCCGUAGCGGCACAAUCAAGAUAAGCGACAUAUCUUACGACACUCUUCGAACGUUCGUCUAUUAUCUCUACACAGCUGAAGCAUGUCUUGAUGAGCAAAUGGCAUGUGAUCUUUUGGUCAUGUCAGAGAAAUACCAAGUCAAACAUCUCAAGAGUUACUGUGAGAAGUUUUUGGUAACCAAACUCAAUCCGGACAACUCUCUCAUGACCUAUGCCUUUGCCCACCAGCACAACGCGAAACACGUGCGUGAUGCUGCGUUGUUACAGAUCAUUGAAAACAUGGAGAAUGUUACCAAAAGAGAGGAAUACAUGGAGCUUGUGGAAAAGGAGCCUCGUCUUGUCGUUGAAAUCUAUGAAGCUUAUCUCUCGAAACAGGUUAACACAGCUGCUGCAGGAACUAGCACAAGCAAAACAUGUUGAAAAUGUCCAUCUACAAGAAGAAGUUCUAGUUUCCUUUAUUAUGUAUGUUAGGUAUAGCAUGAGUCACGUCAGCAGAACACCGCCCUGUGAAGCACUAGAAAUUUGAUGCAUUAAAUACUCAAAAAUCAAAAUUGUUGCAAGAAGCAUCUUUAUUUCAUUUCA